UAUGCCUUCAAUGUACACUGUAUGCUAACUGUAACACAAAUGUAUUAAUCAUUAUUUUUCUUUCCUCCCCCAGCUCCAAGAAGAUGACACAGCUCAAAAUAAAAAUUAGGUAUAUUCUCGUAAAGUCAAGUGAGCCAUGACAUGUGAGCACACAGGACGGUGGCAUCUUUCUAAGGUUUUUUUUAUUUUCCCAGCAAUCAGUACAACCAAGUCAUCGUUAUAAGGCAUCGCCCUCUUUUGCCCACCCCCCCAGCACCAGGUGUGGCCACUAGCCUAUAUGAAGGCCCAAAAUUGUGUGUUCCUUUCUGCUCUGACAAUGGCAUGCCCAUUCGUGCGAGAUGUGGUGGAUGAAGAAGCACUUGUGCUGAGGAGAGCCUUCAGGCGAGAAAGGGUCUUCAGGGACGGUUGGACCCACUGGCCUUCCCUGAUGACCAUCUAUAUGGAAAGGUUACAGGUUUUCUGCAGAUGGCAUCAGGUAUCUAUGCAGACUACUGGGUCCCAGGAUUAAGCACCGCACUGCACGGAGCCAUGCACUGAGUGUGGAGCAAAUGGUUUGUGUGGCCUUGCGCUUUUUUGCUAGUGGAGCCUUCCUGUACUCAGUGGGGGAUGCAGAACAGCUGAACAAGGCCACAAUUUGCCGCACAAUAAGGAGUGUGUCUGGCUAUCAAAGCAUUAGCAGAUGUCUUCAUCUCCUUCCCUGGCCACAGAAGACUCUGUGACAUCAAAGAGGAGUUCUAUAGGAUUGCAGAUGGUCUGCAAUGCUGACUGUGUGAUCAGCAAUGUUGUGGCAAAAUGGCCUGGCUCAGUCCAUGACUCCAGAAUCGUUCGGGCCUCUGAAAUCUAUCAGUGCCUAUCACAAGGUGAAUUCUCUGGUGUGUUGCUGGGAGACAGGGGGGUAUGGCUGCCAGCCUUUUCUCCUGACACCUUUCACAGACCCCAGGAAGCACAGCAGGCCUACAACCAUGCCCAUGCCAGGACCAGGGCCAGAGUUGAAAUGACCUUUGGCCUCCUGAAGGCACGCUUUCACUGCCUUCACAAAUUAAGGGUCAGCCCUGUUAGGGCAUGUGAUAUUACUGUGGCUUGUGCUGUCCUCCACAAUGUGGCCUGCCUGAGGAAGGAGAGGAGCCCCCAGAGUGCCACCAGCCAUGGACUGGGACAAUCCGGCAAUCUUCCCUGAUGACGACAGUGGUCGGCUGCUGAGGGACCAAUAUGUGUUGAAUUAUUUUAGUUAGU